AUGGUCAACAAAGUUGUGACAUUUACCGAGCAGCAAUUGGAUGACUACCAGGAUUGCACGUUCUUCACGCGCAAGGAGAUCCUGCGCGUCCACAAACGGUUUCGUAAGCUACGCCCGGAUUUGGUGCCCCGCCAAAUGACUGAGGGUCAGGCCUCGAGUGUCAAGGUUCCCUGCGAGUGCAUUGAGAAGAUGCCCGAGUUGCGUGAGAAUCCCUUUCGCCGUCGCAUCUGCGAGGCCUUCUCACGCGAUGGCCAGGGCAAUCUGUCGUUUGAGGACUUUCUGGACGCUCUCUCUGUCUUCAGCGAGCAGGCGCCGAGAGACAUUAAAGUAUUCUACGCUUUCAAAAUUUAUGAUUUCGAUCACGACGGCUUCAUUGGGCACGCCGACCUCAUGUCCUGCCUGACGACAAUGACCAGGAACGAGCUCAGUCCGGAGGAGCACCAGCAGAUUGCCGACAAGGUAAUCGAGGAGGCCGAUGUCGAUGGCGAUGGCAAGCUAUCAGCUGUCAUCCUCCGGGCCCCCGACUUCCUCUCCACCUUCCACAUCAGAAUAUAAAAUUGCCGCUCGUUUG